AUACUCCGCAGCUACUUUCGGCAAACGAUUUUCUUCAAGACAGAAAAUGGCGAUCGGUCAAAUUCCUAAAGUUGAAUACAAAUUGAAGUCCUCAAACGACAGCCAUGACGCCGAGAUUGUUUACAUGGGCGAGCUCGCAUCACAGAUCACCAUCCACGAUGACAGAACCACGAAGACGAUCGACGCGCUGCAGCGACGAACGCGUUAUGCUAAUUUUUCGGGUGUUGAAGAGGGGACACUCAUUGUCUUGGAUCGCUAUUAUACGUUCAGAACAGCAACCUUGGCGAUGCAACAGUCGGAUUCAAGACCGCAUCACACGGAGGACAACAGCAAGAACAAUGUUGUUCUUCAAGACUACUCGCACAGUAUCAAGGUCCACACUUCGGCGCCCCGCCCAUAUAUACUUUUCGGAACCGCUGGGACCCCAAUCACGAAAGAUCUCCUCGAGGAACUACUCAGGUAACAAUCCCAUACCAUUCUGCAAGAAAUAUACGCUGAGUCUAAGGGCUUCUAGACUUCUUCGACCAGGCGCGUUCAUCGACGUUCAAUUUGCCUUUCCGGAUGGCUACAAGAAGGACAUAGAAACUUCUGAAAUCCUUGCGAUGAUACAAAUGAUGCAAAGCGUCGGACUGGAAAACGUCAAUAUAGUACACCUUAGCAGCUCAAUUGAACCAGAGCUUGUACAGGAGAUCGGCCUAGGAAAGAUGGAUGACUGGGAUGGCAUGCCCGGAGAGAGGCUAGCACCGAUUCACGAAUCACUUGAAUAUUUCUGUCUGUGGAAACACGCUCACGAAGCCAAAAUGUACGUCAGCUCUCAUUGACUUGUGGCACGAAACUAAUCAAGGUAGGUAUGUCAUCCGAGGUCACAAGCCGAAAGAACACGGCCGCAGGGCAAGAAGGAUCGCGGAACGAGUUUCGAAUCGAAGGACAAGACGGACUCGGCGGCUACGGCAAUGGAACUGAGGCAGCUAAUCGACCGUUUGACUUCAGCACACCAGCUGGACUGUAGCAGCUUUCGCAGAGGGGGGGGGGACACAGAUUGCAACAUGCACAAAGGACCUCUACGACACAUAAAACACAUCUUGAGCAUGAAUAUAUAGGUAUUGAAAAUAUCUUUGCGCUUCUUCCUGCGGCCUCGGCAGGCGAUG